AUGUCUGGUGGUUUUUCAGCAUCCGCUUUUCAGCUACAACCAAUAUAUCUACAAUACUUCCAUUCUGAGACAAAAGGAGAGCUAAAGAUGCAGCUGGAUGUCUAUAUAAAUCUGCUACUGACAAUUACAGGAAUUGUGCAAGUGGUUACUGCAGCUAAACCACAGAUGGUGAGGAUCUCAGGUCCUGAUGAGGUGGUAGCUGGAGUGAAUACAAUCUAUGAGUGUUCUGCAUUCUGCAGUCGCACCUGUUAUUAUACCUGGAAUGUGAAAGAACAGUCAUUUCCUGGAAGCAAACUUACCCUGACUGAAAAUGGUGUAGACAGUUUCAUUUCAAUAACAUGCACAGUGACAGAUGAAGACAAUAAGCACUUUGUCAGUGAGAUCAGAUCGGUCACAGUGAUAAAUCCCAUUUCUGUGAAGCCAUCAACUGAUCAGUCAGUACUUCACCAGCAGCCAAAAGUGGGACGGUCAUUUCGUUUAACAUGUGAUGGGGCCUUCCUGCCAGUCACAAUAACCUGGCUUAAAGAUGGUGCACCUCUUAUAUUAGACUCCAGGAUUAGCCUGUCCCCAGACAACCUGACUCUGUCUUUUAGCAUUUUGAAAGAGUCAGAUAGUGGCCAAUAUCAGUGCAAGGUCCUUAAAGGAAGUGCCAGUGUAAUAAGCAAGGCCUACUGGAUUUAUCUUGGAUAUGUUAUCAUUAACCUGACUGGGACAAACCAUGCAGAAGUAGGCAUGCAAAGUGAGUACACCUGUGAGGCACAGUGUGGGAUGGAUUGCACAGUGCAGUGGGCUUUGCAUGCAGGCUUUCCAAGAGGAAAAUUUAUUGCUGAGGGUCCCAGGAUUCUCUGGACCCCUUCUGACAUCGGACAAACGCAGGUCUUCACUUGCAUCACUCUGAACCCGGGAGCAGGAAAUAUUGGACAGGUCUCCAAAACUGUAACUGUUGUAGAGGCACGGCCACACCCCAAGCCCAGUAACGCUGUAUCAACCAAACCCAGUGUAACUGUGGUGAGCAGUGCAACUCUGCUUAUGUUGGUUUCUGCUUGUGUUUGAGGAUCAUCAUGGAAGCAGAAGCUCUACACACAAAUUGGCCAAAUUGCUUUUAUUCUACUAUUGGACUUCUGGGUAGAGUAACUUGAUUUUAGUUCACCAAAGUCUUUACAACACAUCUGAUUCAGCUUACUUUGUACUGACAUGUACUGUAUGUUUAAACAUAAAACUGGUAAAGCCUAAAUGUGUUUGUUCAUUUUAGAGAUGUUCAUAGAAUGUUCAUAUUACUAAACAAAUAAGUGGCCUACAGUUUCAUAGAAACCUUCUUCCAAUUAGACCCCUAAAGAGCAAAAGCAAGACGUGACAAGGAAAAAACUCCUUCAGUCAACAUGAGGAAAUAACCUUGAGCAGACUCAAGCUUUUAAGAGACAACAAUCAUUAUUAUUUAUAAAUCAUUAUUAUUCUGAAACUGUAUACUGUAAAGUCAAAUGGUAUUAUAUUAGUUAAAAGUAUCUUGAAAGAAGUAUAUUGUGAAUAGAUUCCUAGGAAGAGAACAGGACAAACCCUAUAAUCACAACAAGUCGACAUUAUACAGGUGACAUCAUCAUGAUAUUUGGGCACAAAUUUGCUUGCACCCUAACCAUCUUUUUGGACUGAUACUUUUGGACUGAUAAGUCAAUGCUGAUUGAAAAUAU